GUUAAUUAUUAGCAUGUGGGAAGCCUGGGCUGGCGCUUCCCAGCCUCACAGUCUCUGCAAGUGAGGGAGGGAGCUCAGAGCCUGCAAGUCAACAUGGCAAAACCCAGGGAGGGAGAGCAACAGCACCUCUAGCUCCAGCACAGGAUCCCUGGUGCAAUGCACUUGGUGCAGUUGUGAACAUUGGCUUGGAAUGCGGGUGUGGAAGAGUCCGAGAGAGAGAACCCGAAGGGACGUCAGAUUCUGGAAAAACACCAGCGAAAAAGGAAAAAAAAAACACGACGAGUAUGCCUGAAGUGGAUAAUACAACUGUAGAUAUAUUUCUAUCAUAAAGCCGUCCCCUGCAGAAGAAGUAUUGCAAAAAAAUAUAUAUAUUCUUUUUUAAAUUUUCCCAUUGAACCAUUUUUCUUUUUUACGUCUCCAAACUUCUCUGUGGAUCCUGUAAAUCUUCCUCUCAUCAUGAUGUUUCGGGAUCAAGUUGGAAUGCUCUCUGGUUGGUUUAAAGGCUGGAAUGAAUGCGAACAAACUGUUGCGCUGCUGUCCCUGCUAAAGAGGGUGAGCAGGACCCAGGCCAGAUUCCUACAGAUCUGCUUGGAGCAUUCCUUGAUAGACUGUACGGAACUGCACAUACUUGAAGGGGAAGCCAACAAUCCCGCAAUCAUUAACCAGUGGCAACAGGAAUCCAAGGACACAGUGAUCUCUCAGCUUUUAACCCACCUGCCUUUACUGAAGCCCGGGAACAUGGACGCCAAGGUGGAGUACAUGAAGUUGCUGCCGAAACUGUUGGCCCACUCCAUAGAACACAACCAGCACAUUGAGGAGAGCCGCCAGCUGUUGUCGUACGCCUUGAUACACCCGGCCACGUCACUGGACGACAGGAGCGCGUUGGCGAUGUGGCUGAAUCACUUGGAGGACCGUACGUCGGGGAACUUUGGUACCCAGGGGGGGCGCUGCCGGUCAGACUCUUUGGAUUAUGGGCAAAUGCAUUACUACCACCAAAGACAGAACUCUGAUGACAAACUGAACGGCUGGCCGAAUUCUCGUGACUCCGGGAUUUGCGUCAGUUCCUCCAACUGGCAGGACAAGAACGCGAGCUGUGAGAAUGGACAUUUGCCCCUGUACCCCUCUUCUUCUGUCCCUACAACCAUAAAUGCUAUCGGAACAAACACAAGCACAAUUCUCUCAGGCCAGACACAUCACAGCCCCUUGAAAAGAUCGGUGUCCCUCACCCCGCCCAUGAACGUGCCAAACCAGCCGCUAGGACAUGGGUGGAUGUCUCACGAAGACUUGAGAGCUCGAGGAUCCCAGGGGGUCUCUUCCGAUCAUGCCCCCCUGUCCCCACAAAGCAGCGUAGCCUCUUCGGGGAGUGGUGGGAGUGAGCACUUAGAAGACCCCUCUUCUGCACGUAAUACAUUCCAAGAUGAAGGAAGCGGCAUGAAAGAUGUGCCGGCAUGGCUCAAAAGUCUUCGUUUGCACAAGUACGCGGCCCUUUUUUCCCAGAUGACGUAUGAGGAAAUGAUGUCCCUCAAUGAGUGUCAGCUGGAGGCACAGAAUGUCACAAAAGGCGCAAGGCACAAAAUAGUCAUCAGUAUCCAGAAGCUGAAAGAGCGGCACAUUCUCCUGAAAUCAUUGGAAAGGGACAUCCUAGAAGGGGGUAACCUGCGGGGUCCUCUUCAGGAGCUGCACCAGAUGAUUCUUACCCCCAUCAAAGCGUACUCCGCACAAAACUCCACCGCAGAAGACCACAGCCGGGAGCCGGGCUCUCAGUCUUCAUUACUGGGCACCGAGGGUCAAGGAUCGGAGAACAAAGACUCUGCUUCUGGUGGGAUCCAACAGCACCAUAUGGGCAACCUGGAGGGAGAGAGUGGGGGGGUCCCUUUACCUGAAGGGGAUCUUCCAGGACAGUUCACACGAGUGAUGGGUAAAGUCUGUACUCAGCUCCUGGUGUCCAGACCGGAUGAAGAAAACAUCAGUUCCUAUUUGCAGCUGAUUGACAAAUGCCUUAUACAUGAAGCCUUCACGGAGACACAGAAGAAGAGACUGUUGUCAUGGAAACAGCAAGUACAGAAGCUAUACAGGUCUUUUCCAAGGAAAACCCUCCUGGAUGUUGGGUACCGGCAGCAGAGGAAGACCUGCGUCGACGUGUUCAUUGGCAGCCGAGGAUUCGGACAGUCCAACUCCUUGCCUACAGCUGGAUCUGUGGGUGCGGGCAUAGCGAGAAGAAACCCCCGGCAGUUUCAGAUCCCAUCCCGGAACCUCCCCAGCGCGCGGCUCGGUUUGCUGGGUCCAAGCAGCCUCCUGGGUGCGACGCAGAGAACAACGUCCAACAAUCCCGCCAUGUUGAAGCAGGGGAGACAGAAUCUGUGGUUCGCCAACCCUGGUGGAAGUAACAGUAUGCCAAGUCGAUCUCACAGCUCGGUGCAAAGGACGCGCUCGCUGCCCGUGCACACCUCCCCGCAGACCAUGCUGAUGUUUCAGCAGCAAGAUUUUCAGGUACCAGCAACAGAACCCGACAUCAAUAACCGUCUGGAAUCGCUGUGUCUGAGUAUGACUGAGCAUGCUCUGAGCGAUGGCGUGGACAAAACCUCCACUAUCUAAUGCGAAACGGUACUUCGUGGCAGCGCUGGGCGUAGCUCACGGAACUGCUGGUCCAGUAUUGGGAUUUGCAGACUUUCUCUCUCUCUUCCCUGGAUUGCGCCAAACACAAUUUUGCCUUUUUUUAUUUUAUUUUAUUUCAUUAUUGUAUAAACAAUGGAAGACUGAGAGAUUGGAAGCAUAAGCUGAGCUUGCUGAGAAGCAAAAAUUUAGAACUUUUUUUUUUUUUUCUUUUUUGAUCGGUUUCCUGAAUGAAAAGCGUCACGUUCUGAGCGGGAAACACGUGAAAAUGUGAUCGGCAAGAAUUUGUUUUUCUGCCACUGGACAAUACAUGUCGGACCCAUCAUCAGGGGGGCGGACAUGUGACCAAACAAUGGAAGAAAGGGGGAGAUUAUUGCUUCUUUUUUCUUUUUUUUCUCUCUCUAUACAUUUACAGUAUUUACAGCAUUUACAGCAUUUGUUUCCCCCCCCCCCCCAGUGUAAAAAAAGAAAAAAAAUUCUCAUGUUUACAUAAAAAGAACAGUUAUAAGGGUACACCAUUUUUUCAGGUAAUCCUUCUGUAUCAGAAUUUUCUUUUUAUAUGUAUUAAUAGCAGCCGGUUUGCGUUAUGUAAGAGACAAAACUUAUUCUUAUGGGAAUAGAAAGUGUCCUCGAGGAGUUAAGAUUCUGGCCCCUCGGCCCCCAGGGGCCACUGUGUUUUUCAGACAGACCUGUAUGAUGCUAUAGACCAGGGGGCCUCCAGUUGUUGCACAACUACAACUCUCAGCAGGCCCGGACAGCCGCUGGGAGUUGUAGUUUUGCAACAGCUGGAGGCACCCUGGUUGGAAAACCCUGCCAUAGACAUUACAAGAACAUCUGCCUGCUCAUGGACAACAAUAAAAAAUAUAUCUAAAAAUUCCUUUUAAGAAUUACGCAAAAAGAUUCAUAAAUAAAAAAUCUUUACCCAAAAAAUAUAGGGGCAGAAUCUAAUGUCUAUGGGGCGGCUUUAGGCUUUGUUUAGACGGCGGAAUUUAUGCAAUUUCGCACCAUUUCCAUUCCGCAAAGGUAGCUGAAUGGAAUUGCAGCGGGAUUUCAGUGGAAUUAUGUGUUCUUUAAAUUAGCUGUAUUUUGCAAAAUUAAAGACUGGUCUUUAAAUUUUGCAUAAUGCCGUCACUGAAAUUUUGCCGUGCAAUUGGGACAGCAGGAUCCCAUUAAAGUCUAUGGGCAGUAGAUUUUGACAGAAUUUACGGUGGAAUUCUUUUGCGAAGUUCUGCCGUCUGAACACUGCCUUAUGGUGCCAACCAUUCCUUUAAGGGUUAAAAUGUGGGAUGUUCUUAAGGUGUUUGUGGAAAGUCAUGGAAUGUGAAGAGGGUAAACUGGAGCAGAAAUGUUUGGGUUAUGUUGCUUAUUUUUUUUUUUUCCUUUUCUUUUGGGCAUUCUCAUCCUUAUUUUUUUUGUUUUUUUGUUUGUGGCGUGCUAAACAUGAUAAUAUUCAGUUGUUGGUAGUGUGAAAUUAAUGCUGCUAAUGUGAUUUUAGUGCUUUUAUGUAUAUUUGCCAAAGGCAAAAAAAAAGUACCAAGUAAGUACUCUAAAGAAAAAAUAAAAACUUGCACCAUUUGCUGCCGGAAACCCCAAAGCAUCGGCUAAAAUCUUGGGGUGUGCAAAGACCCAUGGCGGUCCCUUCUUCACUGGCCCCAUUUUUUUUUAAAUCAAAAGGUCCCUCUGUUAAACACUACUAGCAAGCUUAAAGGGGUACUCUGGGGAACUAAACCCAUAGCCCAUUCUUUCCCUCUUACCAACCUAUUUAAUUGUCUAAACAUCAUUUAUUUGAGAUAUAGAGAAUUUCCCCCUCUUUCAUGUCAUCCUACCAUCCACUGUGUCUCUGUCAAAGUCUCUCUAUGAAAGCAGCCCCCACCCUCCUGAGAGAUACAGACCACAUGGAUUCUGCCCUGCACUGAUGGGUCAUUGUCCAUUAAAUGAAAACUGUCAGCAAAGUCACCCACACUAACCAGUGGUACUGGCUGGUAGUGCGGGUGACGUUGAUU